AUGGAAGAUCGCAAGCGACCACUCAAUGAUCAUCAUGACUCGGUACACCCUAGCAAGAAGCAAGCUACGUCGGCAAAUGGCGCUGGCAAAGGUCAUCGCGACGACGAUAUGCCUUGGAAAGACGACCUCGAAAAAUUCCAGAAGGACGCCCUACUUAGACAAUUAAAUGAGUACAAGCGCGAACGUAAAGACCUUGAGUCUCAAAUAUCAGAUCUGAAAAAGAAGGCACGCGACCACGAUGAUCACAUCAGAACCAUCGAUGCAUGGCUGAAGCAAUUAGUCGAUGAAGUCAAGGUCUUGAUGCCGACUGAUGACGACUCGAUGGAUAUCGACGCGGUGCCCUCGUCGCUGCAGUUUACUGAUCAAAAAGCCUUUGAACAGCAUCUACAAACGCAUGCGACAAAUAUUCAAGUUUUGAUAGAGCGGUUGUCCGCGAGAACAAAAGACUUUACGCCUGAGAUCUCGGAACUGUAUGCAAAGGUCAACCGUCUUUUAGCAUCUGAGAAGGAACAUUUGGCGGAGCUGGAACGUCUGCGUGCUGACUCAUCUGACCUGGACGAACGUUUGCAAAACGCUUCGCUGCGCUACAUGCUUGCUGAGAAAAAGCUUGACCGUGCUAAAAGCGUCACUGCAGCUAAGCUAGACAAGGGACUAUUACUCGGAGGCAUUAACUCAUCGAAAGAUGACUCGACUGCGGUGAAGCGUGAGGACAGUCAAAUGAACGGUGUCUCGGACCAUGGCGAAGAAGUUGCCGAGCUCGAGGUUGAGGUUAAGAAAACCACUGCCAUUAACGAGAAACAACAAGAACAAAUCGCUAAAUUAGAGGAGGAAAACGCCAAACUGACUACUCAGCUCACAGAACUAACAUCCAAGUCCUCAGUCUUUACAGAUGAUGAUUAUUCGAAAACUGAGUUGUAUAAACAGCUAAGGUUGCAGCACGAUGACGCUGUCAAGAAGCUAAACGAUUUGGAGGCUAUGACAUCGCAGUUGCGUGAUGACAACAGCAAACUUCAGUCAGAACGAACAAAACAUCAGGACUCGAUCGAAGAUGAGAACAGAACUGCCCUUUCCGAGAAGGUGGAGAGUCUUAGCCAUGCUCAAAUGGACCUGGCCCGAAUACGCAACCAUCGAGACGAAAUCCUGGCAGACCAGACCAUGAAGAAGGCGGCUCUAGACGAACGAGCAGACUCCCUCAAGAAGCUGAAAGAGCUUACUACUGCUCAGGAGGAACGCAUUAAGGCUUUGGAGUCCGAAAAUGAACGAUUGACUACCCAGACAGGAAGUAUAAUGGCUGUCUCAUCUGAGCUGGACUCGAUGAGCCCGGAAGAACUGCGUGGAAAGUAUCAAGAGCUCGAGAAGAAGUAUUCCUUACUUAAUGGCGAGCUUGCCUCCAUGUCAAGUGCAUAUCAGAAGACUCAAAAACUAGCCAAUCAGAAAGUGAGCGAGUAUACCACACUCGAGGAGAAGAUGGUCAGACUGUCUGCUGAGAAGGCCAAAGCUGAUCAGAAGUAUUUUGGAUCCAUGAAACUGAAAGAGACUCGAGACAUGGAAAUUCGAACUCUGAAGAUGCAGACCACUAAGUCAUCGGAGAUUAUCGCACAGCUGAAGGAAGCCGAGACAGUGACCAGAUCCUUACUUACCAACUUGGAGAAACAGUUGGGAGAGAUCAAAGUGGCGCUCACAGCAAAGACAACUGAGUACCAGCUAGCUACGAAACAGAGCACUUCAUAUGCAUCUGACGUUGCACGGCUCAAUGCCCAAAUCACGGACCUCAAGCAGAACUUAUCCGCCAAAGACGCAAAGCUGAACACCACUGCGACCGCCUGCAGAUCUGCAGAGGCCGAGGUAGAAGGCCUCAAAGCCGCUUUGGCCACUACACAAAAGAGUUUGGACUCUUGGAAGAACAAAACAGGGCAAUCAGACGAGCAGGAAUUGCUCCGACAAAUUGCUUACUGCACAGUAUGUCGGAAGAACCUGAAGAACACCGUCAUUAAGAGCUGUGGUCACACGUUCUGUAACGAGUGCGUCGAAAAGGUUGUUCAAUUACGUUCUAGGAAAUGCCCGAAUUGUGGCAAGGCGUUCGGCAGUAGUGAUCACCAGAGGAUUGUGCUGUGA